GGACACAGCUGCGGUUCACCGUUGUUGCUAGACAUGGGUGGACACAGGGACGCGAAAGUUGUGAUCAUAGGAUGUGGGAUAGCUGGUAUAGCAGCAGCACAGAAACUGGUGAAAGCUGGUUUUCAUCAAGUGCGGAUACUGGAGGCGACAGGAAGAAGCGGAGGACGAAUAAAAACUGGAAGGAUCGGUGAUAAAAUUGUCGAGAUAGGAGCAAACUGGAUCCAUGGGCCGUGUGAGGAGAACCCGGUGUUUUGUCUGGCCCGUCAGUAUGGGCUUUUGGAUCCAGAGGCCCUCAAGCCGGAGAACCAGGCCUUGGAUGUCGGAGGCCAUCUUCCUUGGGUUCCUAGAUUCUUCAGCAGUUCAGGUCGGGAGCUGAACGCUGAGGACAUCUUACCUGCUCAGAAAUUGUUUUUGGAGCUGAUAAAUGAAAGUUCCGAUUUUCAGAGUCAAAGAGGAGAACCCUGGCCCAGUGUGGGAGAUUUCUUACGGGCACAGGUGCAACAGCACGCAGCAGAGAAAUGGAAAGAUGUUGAUGAAGCCACCAGAUCUCUGCGACUCUGUGUGAUCAGUAACAUGUUGAAGGUCGAGUGCUGUGUCAAUGGGACUCACAGCAUGGAUGAGGUCAGCAUGGGGGCCUUUGGCCUAUACAAGACUCUACCUGGACUGGACUGUACAUUCCCAGGUGGCUAUGAAGGUCUAACCCAGAACUUGAUAGCAGAGCUCCCCGCUGGUUUAGUGACCUACAAUAAGCCUGUGCGCUGUGUCAACUGGAACAGCGCAAAGAGCGCAGAGCCUGUGAUGAUUGAGUGUGAUGAUGGCCAAAAGCUCGUUGCUGAUCACGUUAUAGUCACCGUGCCACUCGGAUACUUGAAGAAGCACCACUCGACCUUGUUCCAUCCUCCUCUCCCUCUGCACAAGCUGCUCUCCGUCCAGAGGCUGGGUUUUGGGACAAACAAUAAAAUAUUUGUGGAGUUUGAUUCACCGUGGUGGGAUGCUGACUGUGAGGUCAUCUUCUUCGUGUGGAAUGAUGAGGAUGCUGUGGUGGACCAGGUGCCAGAUGUGCAAACAUCCUGGAUAAAGAAGUUGUUUGGCUUCACUGUACUCAAACCCACUGAAAGGUACGGCCACCUUCUCUGUGGCUGGAUUUCUGGACAUGAGUCAGAGUACAUGGAAACACUGUCUGAACAGCAGGUCACAGAUACCAUCACACAGCUUAUUCGCAGGUUUACAGGGAACCCCAUCGUCACUCCAAGGAGAAUCCUGCGCUCCCAGUGGUUUCACGAUCCGUGGACGUGUGGAUCCUACAGUAAUCUUGGAAAAGGCUGUUCAGAGCAGGACCUGGACAACUUGAUGGAACCCCUUCCACCAAAAGGAUUAAAAUCACAACCCCUGCAGGUGUUGUUCGCUGGAGAGGCAACUCAUCACUGCUACUUCUCAACCGUCCAUGGAGCUGUUCUCACCGGGUGGAGAGAAGCUGAUAGACUUAUCUCGCACUACUCACUCAUUACUCCUUCUGAGUUUCCAAAGUCAAAGUUUUAAAAAAUUGCUCUUUGCCACUAAAAAGCUCAAAUUUACUAUAAUAUAAAAAUGUACUUCACUUUUGAUGUGUUACAUUAUUUUCAAACAAUGAAAAUCAGAGUGAAUAUGAAGGCUUGCUGCUGACUUGAGGAUGUUUAAUGGGCCUCACUGGUACUUUCAACCAGUACAGGCAACCCACACAAUGUGUAGAAUAAUGAUGUGUUGACAUGAAUAAUGGUUGUUAAUACUGACUACUGACUAGGACUGACAAUAACUGACUAAACUUUCCUUUUGCAAACUCAAAUUGUUGCGUUUGGACUGAUUUUAAUUAACUAUGAAUAAACUGUAUUUUCUAGUGGAUUUUCUAGUGAAUGUAAUUUUUAGGAACUAAGCACAUCUUCUGACAUGAUGCAUUUUAAGGCAAAUAUUACGAGGUCCUUCACCUCAAAAAUGCUAGAACAGCUUUAAAAUAUAACUUUUUAGCUGUUUUUAAAGCAUGCUCACAGAGUACACAGAUCUCAGGCACAGAGGAGAGUUUGGGGCCUCAGGGAUCUGCUGAGGAUGUAUGGAUUUAAAGGUUCACUGAGGUAGGCUGGGGCUUGUCCAUGUAGAGCUCUAGAGCAGCAGUGAUGCAUCUUCACCUGCUGUUAAUUUGUAAAGUAUAAUAUACUUUAACUUUUUAUUUAAGAUUUUCUGCCUUUAGAAUCAUCAAAGUCCUUCAAAGUUUGUUGAUUGUAAUAUAGGGGUUCAACGGGGUGAAAAUGUAUCACCUCUUUGCAAUCUUUUUAAAUGAUUUUGAGUAUACAAUGAAUAGGUGUUAUAAUGACUGAGAAAUGAGUGAUGAUGAUGCUGAGAUCUGUGUAAGACUUAUUGUUCUUAUGUAUGCAGAUGACACUGUAGUAUUGUCAGACUCAGAGACAAAGCUAUAGAAGCCUGUAUACCUGUUCUGACCCGUCUCCCCGAUGUGAUGUUUGUGUAAUUUCGCUCCAGGCAACUGCAAGUGGCAAAUAAAGGCUUCAUCAUAAGAAGAAGAAGACUUUAAAUGCAGUAGAAAGAUAUUGUGUGACUGGAAACUAAGUGUAAAUUCUAAUAAAAGUAAAGUUUUUGCAAGAGG